CUUCCUUGACUCAGAUCGCUCAACUUAAAGGGAAGGAAAACAUAAAGCCGACCAUCUGUCUACAGGUCCUUCAACGGUCAGCAUCAAAUCCCCGUGAGGCUGGAACAAUGACAACUGUCUUCAUAAUUUUUGCUGCUUUUGUUGCAACCGCUCUGCCAAAAGAAUCUGUCGAGUGCAAAUUUUAUGACUCCACUGGAACUCAGCAGUGUUACGGAGCGGAAGGACAGCAACUUAUUUUUCUCCUUUCAAAGACAGAAAUGAUUGAUUUUAGAUUGAGACAAAAUGGCGAGUAUACGUUUUUAAUAACAUACAGUAAUGGAAAAGUGGAGCUGAAGGGGCAGCAUGUCAGUCAGUUUGAGGAAAUCCAACCUGGAACAUUCAGUCUGGGAAACGCCAUGAAGGAACAUUCUGGAGAUUACUCCCUGGAGGAAUACGAUGCUGCCGGACAAGAGAUCAGAAAUGUUAAGGUCCACAUAAAAAUACAAAAGCCAGUGUCGAAGCCAGCAGUGUCUCUUAAAUGUUCUUCACCCGAUCAGAGGACAGUCACAUGUUCUUCUUAUGGAGAUGAAGUGGAGUUCCUUCUGACUUUAGAUGGUCACUCACUUGUACAAACCAGAGGGAUCCUCAGCAACUGCACAGGUGAAAAAUUUAAUGGCACAAAUGUUUGCAUCAGCAUAUACGGCCAGCUGACAGGAGGCCUCAGGUGCCAAGUUUGGAACAAAGUCAGCAGAGAGGAUUCAGGAAUUCACUUAACAGCAUGCAAUGGUUCUCGAAGCUUUGUUGUACCAGUGUUAGCUGCUGCCACAGCUGUUCUUUUGGUGGCUUUGGGUUUCAUUGUAAUUAAGUUUGGUAAAAAACGACGACCAAUGCCACAAAAUAGAGGUCAUGCAGAAGAGGAAAUUAUCUAUGCAGAUGUUAAAGUGAAAAAUGACACAAGAAGAACUGAACCAAACAUCUGAAGCAAAGCAAAAUGACUUCUGCUCAACACAGAAUCAACGUCUUGCUAGUCGAAGCUGCAUGAACUGUUGCUAUAAGCUUAGAACAUGUAUUUUGCUUUGGAGUCUUUACAUAGUGAACAAUUUGAUAU